AGCUUGGAUGGCCUCUGAGGGCUGCUGGUCCCCUGACAAGAACCCCCUUGCCGACGACGUGGUGAGGCUCUGUGACCGGGAUGGAUGACGGUGGCAUUAACAAGGAGCUGAAGCACAAGCUGAACUUUGCCUCUUGUGAAGAAAACACGGGGCGUGACGGGCAGGAGGCCGCCCGAGCGAGCCCAGGGUGCUCGGACCUCCAGGAGCCAGAGGCUAGACCCCCCUCUCCCAGGACGCCGCUCCAAAACAUCCACGGGUGCGGCCCAGGCCAGAGGAAGGAGGACAUCAGUCCUGACCUCCCAAGGUCCCCUGAGACACCUUCUCCGGUGGACAAGAGGACACCCCAGGGCAGCCCUGUCACGCCCAAGAGCCAGAUGAGCCCACUCAGGGUCUCUUCAGGGGGGAAGCUCUCCUCGAGGACCCCCAAGAACCUUCGGCUCACUCCUGUGUCCUUGAUGGAUGAGGCGACCUCCUUGGCGUUGGUCAAUGUCAACCCCUUUACCCCGGAGUCCUAUAGAAAGCUCAUGGUCCAGUCCAGCGGCAAGAGGAAGACCCGGGGAGAGCUCGAAAGUAGUCCCAGGGAAAACAGGACAGAACAGGAGCUGCCGGCCAAGAGGUGUGUCCUGCGGGAAAUCGACAUGCCUUCCCGCUAUGAGAAGGAGUUCCUGGAGCUGGAGAAGAUUGGCGUCGGGCAGUUCGGCACUGUCUACAAGUGCAUUAAGAGGUUGGAUGGAUGCAUCUACGCACUAAAGCGGUCAACGAGACCUUUUGUGGGAGUGACAGAAAAGGAUUUGGCGUUGCGGGAAGUGUACGCUCAUGCGGUGCUUGGGCAGCACCCCCACGUGGUGCGUUACUACUCUGCGUGGGCAGAAGAGAAUCACAUGAUCAUUCAGAACGAGUACUGCAAUGGUGGGAGCUUGCAGGCCACCAUCUCUGCAAAGAAGAAGUCCAACAACCAUUUCCAAGAGCCGGAACUCAAGGUCAUCCUCCUGCACAUUUCCCUGGGGCUCAAGUACAUCCACGGCUCCGGCAUAGUGCACCUGGACAUCAAACCAAGCAACAUCUUCAUUUGUCAGAGGAUGCAAGGUGACUCCGCGGUGGCCCCAGAAGAGGCUGAGAACGAGGUGGAUGGGUUUCUUUCUGCCAAUGUGAUAUAUAAAAUUGGUGACCUGGGUCAUGUGACAUCAAUAAGUAAACCCAAGGUGGAAGAAGGUGACAGUCGCUUCCUGGCCGAAGAGGUUUUGCAAGAGGAUUACCGUCACCUUCCCAAAGCAGACAUCUUUGCCUUGGGACUGACGAUCGCAGUGGCGGCGGGAGCUGAGGAAUUACCCAGCAACGGCCCUGCCUGGCACCACAUCCGCCAAGGGUCGCUUCCCCCCAUCCCCCAGAUGCUCUCGGAAGACCUCACCAGUCUGCUUCAGAGUAUGAUCCACCCUGACCCACAGCAGAGACCUUCUGCGGUGGCUCUGGCCAGAAACCCAGUUCUGUGUCCGUCGCUGGAGAAAAGGGAGGCUCUCCAGCAGCAGCUGGAGCUGGAGAAGGUUAAGACGGCCGCGCUGGAAAGGGAGCUGAGAGAAGCCCAGCAGGCUCAGUCCCCUAGGGAGGAGAUGUGCCCCGGAGACUCGGAUGCCCAGUCGGGACCAAGAAAUGUCAAACGUCUGGUGGGAAGAAAAAGUACCAGGUCAUCAAGCUUCACCUUUGGGAAAUCCUGAGGGGCCACCAGUGCACCUCCUUGUUUCCCAUCACGCAAGAAACCAUUUCACUCCCCCAUCCUCCUCCUCCAUUGCUUUCCGGAACCUAUCUGCCUCUGGUGACAAAGAGAGAUUCAUCCGUUUGAAGGCCCAGAGACCUCAGAAGCCACGCCUACGUGAGCCUUUCCAAGAUCCAACAGUGGCCAAGGCUGCUUCUCAACCACCACACGCGAUAACACUGUCAGCAGCUGCAUCUCUUCUUUACUGUUCCAUCCCCACGCUACCACCUCGAACAAGCUGUUCACUUCCCAGGCUUGGGCUAAAGGAAAUACUCCACCUCUGAACGGAAGGAAAAAGUGGUAGCCCUCCAGGUGGCCCGUGGACUGAGAGGCUGGUGUUAUGCCGGCCACCCACCAAGGACCCCGGAGACGCAUGCAGAGAGGAGUCAAACUUGGGUUUGACCUGAGGUAACAGCUCCUAAGAAAAUAAGCUGGGGCUCCAGCAAUGCUGCCUGGACGGCGCGGUACUGACAGCGCUCCUCCCGAGUCUGGACUGGGUGCAGGCAUUGCCUUGCCCUGAUGUUGUGUUGAUGAAGGUCACUCCUGCACAAGAUGGGCAGGAGCAAGACUACAUGCAACUUGAACAUGGCUGGCCUGGCUGCCGACGCGUGGGACAAGAACACUUGGAGUCGAGGGUCAGAGAGAGGCUUGCCUUGGCUGCUCUCCCUCGACCGGUUUGCCCUGAUGAGUGUUUGAUUUGCUGGGUCUCACCGAUGUCUCUUGAUCUUCUGAUCAGAAUUUGGCUUUUGUUGCCUGCAGGUUUCCCCCCUCAUGUUUUAUUCAAACCCUUUUUUCUGUAUCUUUUUAAAGGACUAGGGCAUUUUGUAAAUAAAGGUUUUAUCAUAUACCAAA